UAGAAAAGCCGUACGAACGCUUGUAGCCCUAGAAAAAGAUCACAUCCAAGCGGCCGGUUGGUAGCGAGCAAGCGGAGAUGACGCAGAAGGGGAACCUCUUCAAGGGGCAGAAGAAGAAAACCAUCCCUCCCAGUCGCCGCGGCAAAGCCGCUCACCCUCGAAAAGGGAAGAGGUUCGUGAAGCCGUGCAAGGUCACCAAAGAGAUCGAGGCCGAUAGAGAACUGAGCAAGUUCAUAAACCACUGCAAUGAGAUCAAAGCUGCAUCUGUUGCCAGCAAAGAUGGCGGUCAACUUAGUGUAUUAAAGCCAGGUGCAGAUCCAUCAAAUUCAUUGGAGAAAUAAGAAACACCGAAGAACAUGGGUGCGUUUUGGAAGUGAUUGUAAUGGAAGUUAAUGUGAUUAUGCCUGUAUGAAUUAGUUGUUGAGGUGAUGUAAUCUCGAUAUUUCUUUAGUCUUUUUUUUAAGUUGUGCAAGAUGCGAAAGCUGAUUUUUAUGCUAUACCCGAGGAUAUGUUUAUGGAUAUCCAUGAAGAUUAGUUGAUAUAUUUGCCACUGGAUUUUGGUAGAAUGCAAAUGAAUGUAGAAUA